AGUUUAAAAUUUCGUUUACGAUAAGAAUCCCACAUAUAUAGUAAAUUUUGUUUUUAAGGACGACAAAGUGUAGCAAAUUAUGCAGUUGCCCUUUCAUAAAGGGGUUUGAAGGAAUGAAUGAGAAUUACAGCAAAGAUUGUUUGGGGCUUUGUUUAAGGAUAUCCGCACUUCACCAAACGUGGAAGUGGUUGCAUCAAACUAUCGCGUUACAUGAAUAUUUAAUAUCUGUAACUGCAGCAAGCUCGGCAGGAAAUGACUAUAAAAAGAAUUUGAUGUAUUUCAAGAUCGCCAAAGAACAUAAGAAGAAUUAAAAUAAACAU